AUGGACCUUGUCACUGUUCUUCUGUCCAUUGUGAUCAUCCUGUUGCUGGCCAAAGUCUAUAAUGACCAAACACAAGACAAAAACUAUCCUCCAGGGCCAAAACCUCUACCAAUCAUCGGAAGCCUGCACAUGGUCAACCAAGUGAGUCCUCAGAAAGAUUUUAUGAAGCUAUCCAAGAAAUACGGUCCAGUAUUUAGCAUCCAGCUGGGUUUGGAAAAGAUGGUUGUCUUAAGUGGUUAUGACAUCAUAAAAGAUGCACUAAUUAACCACGCCGAUGAAUUUAAUGAAAGACCAGAUGGCCCAAUAUUUGCUAAAACAACAAAUGGAAAUGGCAUUGUCUUUGCUCAUGGAGAGAACUGGAAGGUGAUGAGGAGAUUCACAAUUUCAACACUACGGGAUUGUGGAAUGGGAAAAAAACCUGUAGAGAACAAAAUUAAAGAGGAAGUGGUAUGUUUAAUCCAGGAAUUCAGAUCCCAUAAGGGUGAGUUUGUUCUGUAUCCUCUGUAAUAUAUGUAGUCAUGUAUAGAUGAGCAUCCAUCACACCACACAUCCUGAUGCAUUUCACACUGCACACUGUACAAA